UCAAGGAAAUGACUACAUUCAUCCAGCAAAUUAUUGGUACUUCAACCGGUGAACAGGCAAGAGCAUGGGCUGCAAGUUUUGCUGUAGCUUUUGCUAAUAUUCCAAAUCCAACUUUUGCCAAUAUUCCAACUCCACGAAAUCCUAAUCAGGUAAAAUGAUGAUUCUAUAUUUUUUUCAUUAUCGACAAGUACUUAGAUGACACACUAAUUGUUGAUGUCUUGUGUAUUUCAUGGUUUUAACCAUCCAUUUUGCAUUCAUUUUGAUUAUUUAAGUUAGUAUUUAGGUUUGUCUAGGUUGCAUUGCAUGGUGUUUAUGUGUUUUCAGGUUUGGAGAAGUACUAAUCAGAUUUUGGAGCUUAAGAAGUCAUGAAACGUCCAAAUGGUGGGUAAUGGUGCGGUAGCAGGCAACCACCGCGGGCUAAGGCAGGCCGCGACCAUGACGACCGCAGGCAACCACCGCGGGCUAAAGCAGGCCGCGACGAGAACUCGACGAGUUCGACAGAGAGUUUCGCGGGCCAUCAUCGCAGGAAGCAGAGGCGCGGCCUGGGCAUGCAUUUCGCGGGCUGUCUUCGCGGGCUUAAGGAGGCUGCGGCCGAAGUUUAAAACAGACUUUAUCCAGCUUCUAUUUGGGUCGGCCCAGGGUUGUUGGGUUGACCCGGUUCGAGUUUUAGCCUAGUAUAAAUACAUUUUAGACCUAAAGGUUAUGAUAUCUUGUUUUCUUUGGAAUCACAUUAGCUAUUUUGGUGAAAGACUUAAUCUUGAGCUUCUUUUCAUCUUUAUCUCUUGUGAUUAUUGAUCAAUCUUGACCACUAAACAUGAUUAACCUUCAAUCAUCCAUGGGUUUUGGGUUAUUCAUGUCUAUUAGUGAGUAGUUACCUUUUGGAUUCAUGGGCUAGGGUGAUUAAGGUGAUUAAGUGAAGAUCUAAGGGUGUUUAGUAUUAGAUCUCUUGUUUCCUUGCUUGUCUACUUCUCUUAAUGCUAGAUUAAAGUUGGCCUCUUUAUUCUAGAGCUCUAGACAUUUCCCACCCACAAGGUGUUUGAUGAAAUGUCUGAACCAAGUAGAGCUUGCUCUAAACUUACCUUACACAAAGAUCAUUGUGUUAAGGGAGUUUAGAUAGUUAGUAGACUCAUCCUUAAUGAUUGCUUAGAUCUUUUAGGCUCAAAGACCUUUGAUGUCUAAUUGAUUAAAGCAAAUGAGCAUUCUUCUUGACCAUAGAGCUUGCUUAUUUAAGUGUUCUAGACUUAAGGAAGUCUCAUGAUUGAAAGUUUGCCACCCUUAGAUUGAAUCUUAAUCACUUGAAAUCAAAUGCCUAGCCCCAUGAGUCCUAUUGUCCUAGAUUGAUUGAAAGCUUGUUCCUUUAUUGCAUUUUAGCAUAGUUCUAGUUCACAUCAUCAUUCAAAACCUGUUUGCACUUAGAUUAAGCAUAGAUUUGUAUUCUCAGUGCAUUGAAAUCACAUAGGAUUGGUUCGACAUCUCACAUACUACUUCAUUUGAUAGGGACCUGAGAAGUCAUGUUAUCAAAUUGGCGCCGUUGCCAAGUUCUAUUGUGAUUUUGACAUUGGGAUUUAGUCAUUUGCUUGAGACUAAGUCAUUUUUAUUAUUAUUGUGAUAUUGGCUCUGCUUUUUCCUCUUUCUUUUUCAUUUCAGGUGUAUGAACUUGAGAAGUAGAGGGACUACAAACCUCACUCCUCUAGUAUCAGACAUCCGGGCUUUGGAAAGAGAGAAUACAAGAAGAAGGAGAGAAGAGGAGCAACAGGCUCAUUUCAACAGAUUGGGUUUUGAUAUGGCUCACCAUCAGAACCCGAAUCAAGAUAGAGAGAUCCCCUUGGAAGCUGCCCAAGAGGGAUAUGGUCAAGGAGCUGCCAACCUUCGACCACAACACCCACAGCGCCAAGCUCGCGCUAUUGGAACCUAUGAUCGCCCUCACAUUCAUGGUCAUAUGUUGGGAAUCAGAGCACCUGCUGUAGAGAACAACAACUUUGAGAUCAAGUCAGGACUGCUCAACACCAUUGAGAACAACAAGUAUCAUGGUCUUGCUACUGAAGAUCCUUUUGACCACUUGGACAAGUUUGAUAGCUACUGUGGUUUGUCCAAGACCAAUGGAGUGUCAGAAGAUGCUUUAAAGCUCAGGCUCUUUCCUUUCUCUCUGGGAGACAAGGCAAGACAGUGGGAGAAGUCUCUCCCAAGCGACUCUAUCACUACUUGGGAUGAGUGCAAGGAAGCCUUUCUAGACAAGUUCUUCUCCAUCUCCAGGACAGCUAAGAUCAGGAAUGAGAUCUCUGGGUUUCAGCAGAGGAACUUAGAAAGUUUCAGUGAAGCAUGGGAGAGGUUCAAAGGCUACCAAGCUCAUUGCCCACACCAUGGCUUCUCCAAAGAAAGCUUGUUGAGUACCUUCUACAGGAGAGCUAUACCACAGUGUAGAAACAGACUUGAUACAGCCAGCAAUGGAUUCUUUUUUGGCAGAAACGAGGUGGAUGCAGAGGAGCUGAUAGAGAACAUGGCCAAGAGUGAUUCAGUAUACAGUGAGGAUCAUGAUAGAGUCAACAGAAGUGAUGAUCAGCAGACCAAGAAAGAGCUCAAGUCUUUGGAAGAGAAGCUGGACCUACUUCUUGCCAACAAAGCUAAGCUGGAUCAGAUGAAAUCAGUUGGGGAACAGCAACAAAAGCAGGUUGCUGAGAUCAAGAAGAUUGAUGGCUUGGAAGGACAUGAAGAGGUGUGCUUUAUCAACAACAAUGGAACUUGGUAUAGGAAAGAGCCCAACUUUCAAUACCAAAACAACUACCAGCAAAAGCCCCUCUACAACAACCAACAAGGUGGUUAUCAAAGCAACCAGCCUACUCAAGCUAGAGGAAGCUCUUCUCAAGCUCAAGUUCCAAGUUCAACCACGGAAUCUAUGUUCAAACAAAUCCUAGAAGCUCAAGGGAAAUUUGCUAAAGACAUUGGAGAUGAGUUCAAGGCUGUUCAUGCCAAGAUUGAUGGAACUUAUUCUGACCUCAACAACAAGUACAUGCAACUUGCCUCUCACGUCAAAGCUUUAGAGAGCCAGGUUGCUUCUUUGCCUUCAACCUCCAAGCAGCCUAUGGGAACCCUACCAGGGAAAGCAGAGGCAAACCCAAGAGAACAUUGCAAUGUUCUCCUCUCUAGUGACACUUCUCAGGUCGCCAACUACAAGAGAGAGGUAGAUGAGAUUGAAAGAUUGGUGUUUGGAACUGAAAUUGAACAGGUUGAGCAUGUGGUUGUUGCAACAGCUGAGUCCAAGAUUGUGCAAGAAGCUGACAGGAUAGUUGCAGCAAAGGUUGAGCAGAGCAGAGAGCACAAGGCUGAGAAACCAGUUGAGAGAAGAUCUGAUCAGAGGCUGAAUGUGGUGAAGCAGGAAGACACUGAGGUUGAGCUAUCCCCCUAUGACAAGCUCCUUUUUCCAGAGAGAUUCCUCACCAAAGCUCAAAAGAAGGUGGUCUCCAAAUUCAGAAAAGACUUGAGUGAUAUUGGAGUAAGGCUUCCAGAGAUUCACAACAUGCAAGCUGCUCAUGUCCAGAUGAUGCUCAUCAAAGACAUUCUAGACCACCAAGCUGAAGUAGCAGAGCUCCUGGACAUCUCUACACUCAAGCUUGAUCCACCAAUCCCACCCAAGUCCCUCCCUAAACUAGGACACCAAGGGAUGUUCACUUUGCCUUGUUCCCUUGGAAAGCUUAACUUUGAUGAUGCUCUAGUGGAUUCUGGUGCAAGUGUGAAUGUGAUCUCACUUGAGGUGAUGAAGAGUCUAGGGAUUGAGCACAUGCUACAAGACACAUCCACGCUCCAAUUUGGGGAUUCCUCAUCUACAACCCCAAUUGGUAUCAUCAAGGAUUUCCCUUUGAAGCUUGGAGCAUGCACCAUCCCUAUAGACCUCACUGUUUUGAAGAUGGAAACUGGGAAGAUAGUCCCAUUGAUCCUUGGCACUCCAUUCCUCACAACAGUGGGAGCUUGCAUAGACUUCGCCAACAACAAAGUCACACUCCUAAAUGUGAACAAAGCUGUCUCCUACCCUCUUCAAUCACCUAAGUUGAAACCUGAGUAUUGUGGCACAAUAACUUGUGGAGUAUCCUCCAUUGAGAAGACAAAGGCUGAGCUGAGUGGUAUUGAGAAUGAGGUUCUUGGUGAAGAGUCCCCUAAGGAGAAGUGUGAUGAGCACUUGGAAAGUGCUCCAAAGGAAGAGGUGAGUGAAGCCACAAAGGCCUCCCAUAACAAGAAGAAGAUUGUGAAGGAAUCUCACCCUCCACCUCUUGAGAAGACUCUUCACACCCUCACUCUCCACCCAAUGAAACUCAAGGAUGGAGCUAUUGAGUAUAAGAUCAAGUGCAAGGGAAGGUCUAAGCCAUUCUCAAGUGCAAGGGCCAUCAUCACUCCUCAGCUUCAAAAUGAUCCCAUCAAGCUCCAAGAGCUACUCUCUCAGGUCCUCACCAUCACUCUUGAAGGUGGGAAGGAUCCUCCUUCUCACUAGUACAAGAGAAAAGGUAGUCAAGCUAGUGACUCAAAACAAGCUCACUUGGGAGGAAUUCCCAUGGUUAUCCUUGUAUAUAUAUUUGCUAUUUCAUUUCUUUAUGUUUUCAAUAAGUGUGGCAGAAGUUUUAGGCCAGCUCAAAGCUCAAGCUCUAGACACCCAUUACCACACUUCACUCUCCACUUGAGGUAUCACUCCAACCCUUCUUUGUACAUAUCAUUGCCUUUAUCAUAUUUUCGGUAUCUCCUUCUCUCUUACUCACACAGAGACUGUGUGAUUUAAGUGUGGGGGAGGUACCAAGUAUUUGAUCAUGUUUGCUUUGUUAAUUGUGAGUCUCAUGCAUUGCAUUGUACAUUCAUAUAUGCAUAGAAAAACCAUAAAAAUUAAAAAUUUUGAAAAAUGCAUAAAGAAUCAUGUAGUUGCAUUACUUGCAUUCUUAGAAUUGAGUCUAGAUCAUAUAGGUUGCAUUCACUUGCAUAUGGAGCAGCUGUUGAUAAUUCCUUGUAAAGAACACUUAUUUGCACUGAAAGUGACACCCUAGUUAAGCAUAUCAAGUAGCCUAAGCAUAUCUUUAAAACCUUGCACGCUUCGAGCCUUGAAAACUCUUCUUGAAACUUGUAUGCUUGCUUGCCAUUGACAUUGUUCUGAAAACCAGCUCCAAACUGAACUUAGGCUUAAAUGAACUUAAUGUCUCUCGCUUAUGGGCAUUUGCAUACUUGAUCAUGGUUCUCAUACACAUUUGGGUUAUCUUUUUCCAUUGUACCACUCUUUGUUAACCCAAAUGGAACUCCCUCACCCUUGAGCCCUUGCCUUUCUUUGAAGCCAACAUUGAUUUGCAUGAGUGAGGCCUUUUCUGAUAGCUUGUCAUGUGCAAAAUCUUGAGAGUAUUAGAGGCGACAUGGAUUUGUUCUCAUCUCUUGCUAGCAUAGGAUCAUUAUUUGAGCUAGCUUCUAGGAUGAUGGUUGGGUUUAUGUCCUUUAUGAGUUUGUAUCUUGGGUUUGGGUAGUGAGAAAGUUGAGAAAGAUGAGCAAAAGAGUGUAGAUUGAAAAGAAAAGUCUUAGGGACUUUAGAAUGAAAAGAAAAGAAAGCUCUAGAUUGUGCUAUUUGACUCCUUCCCCCUAAAUAAAAAAAAAUAGAGAAGAAAAAAAAAAUGAUAAGAAGAAUCAAUAAGAUAGUGGGGAAGGGAAAAGAGAAGUAAGAGCUAAGUAUUGAGUAAAGUUUGUCCCUAGUUGGCUAAGUAAAAAGAAAAGAAAAAGAGAAAUUUGUUCAUUGGGGUAGACAUGAAAAUGAGUUGCCAAUUGGGUUAUAGAAUGAAGUGAAUGGGGAUAGAACUUGUAAUCACUUAGGAAAAGGGUAGAAUGAUGAGAAUGGAUCCAUGUAUGCAUGAGUUGCUUCUAAUCUUAGAUAAAUUUUGCAUAAUGAUCAAGCUCCUUGUUCUUGAGUGAUAACUACUUUAAAAUGAUGCAUUUGAACCCUUCUCUUCUUUCACUUUAAACCAUUUGUUUACCUAGCCAAAUGAUUGAGAUCAUGUGCCCAUUUGUGAGAAUCCACCUUGUGUAUGUGUGUGUGAAUCAAUGUGAGAGCUGGUAGGAAGACUUGUUGGUUGAUGAGUAUUGCAUCUUGUGUAAAGGCAUAGGAGUAUCUUGAUAGGCCUAGAGAAGCUAGAGUGUAAUAAGAGAGUUGGUCAUGCUAUUUGCUAUGUUUCUUUAGGAUGUCAAGUUGAGUGUUUUUUGUGUUUCUUUUGGCUAUGGACCCCCCCCCCCUUCAAACCUCUUCACCUUCUUGAUCUUGAAAGUUUACUUGUGGACAAGUAAAGGUCUAGUGUGGGGGAGUUGAUGUCUUGUGUAUUUCAUGGUUUUAACCAUCCAUUUUGCAUUCAUUUUGAUUAUUUAAGUUAGUAUUUAGGUUUGUCUAGGUUGCAUUGCAUGGUGUUUAUGUGUUUUCAGGUUUGGAGAAGUACUAAUCAGAUUUUGGAGCUUAAGAAGUCAUGAAACGUCCAAAUGGUGGGUAAUGGUGCGGUAGCAGGCAACCACCGCGGGCUAAGGCAGGCCGCGACCAUGACGACCGCAGGCAACCACCGCGGGCUAAAGCAGGCCGCGACGAGGACUCGACGAGUUCGACAGAGAGUUUCGCGGGCCGUCAUCGCAGGAAGCAGAGGGGCGCGGCCUGGGCAUGCAUUUCGCGGGCUGUCUUCGCGGGCUUAAGGAGGCUGCGGCCGAAGUUUAAAACAGACUUUAUCCAGCUUCUAUUUGGGUCGGCCCAGGGUUGUUGGGUUGACCCGGUUCGAGUUUUAGCCUAGUAUAAAUACAUUUUAGACCUAAAGGUUAUGAUAUCUUGUUUUCUUUGGAAUCACAUUAGCUAUUUUGGUGAAAGACUUAAUCUUGAGCUU